GUUUUCAUCUGGCAACACUGCGAGGGCGUAGUUCCAACAAGUGCAAACACAAUUUUCAAUUACUAAUCUUGGCUUGGCGUGAGACACGCCCUAGAAUCUCAUUUUAUGUUUUGUUUUUAACUUUGUUGAAAGUGUUACUUGUGUUAUUUGUGUGCAGACGAACAACAUGUUCCCCUCGUCGAUUUUGGGGCGCAGCUACCUGCUUUUCAUGCUGGUGCUCGCCGUGGGCGUGUUCGCCCAGCACGAGUGGCAGGCGCGGGACGCCUUCGACGAGAUCAAGCGCCAGUUCGACAAGGUGAACGCCGACAACUGCCCCAUCCAGCACCACUCGGACCUGUUCAUGCCCCUGGACGCGGUCUCCCACAAGCCGGACAUCAAGGAGGUCAAUGUGAACCCGGUGUUCCCCAAUCGGACGGCGCUGCUGCAUCUGCAGAACAUGGCGCUGAGCAGGAGCUUCUUCUGGAGCUACAUCCUGCAGUCGCGCUUCAUUCGGCCCGCCAUCAACGACACCUACGACCCGGGCAUGAUGUACUACUUCCUCUCCACGGUGGCCGAUGUCUCCGCCAACCCGCAUAUCAACGCCUCGGCCGUGUACUUCUCGCCCAACAGCUCGUACUCCUCCUCGUACCGCGGCUUCUUCAACAAGACCUUCCCGAGGUUCGGGCCCCGCACCUUCCGGCUGGACGACUUCAACGACCCCAUCCACCUGCAGAAGAUCUCCACGUGGAACACCUUCGAUGUGCAGGACCUGGGCGCCCACCACCCCGACUCUAUAUCGAAGGACUACACGCACGACCUGUACAAGAUCAACGAGUGGUACCGCGCCUGGCUGCCGGAUAACGUGGAGGGGCGGCACGACACGAAGAUCACCUACCAGGUGGAAAUUCGCUACGCGAACAACACAAACGAGACGUACACCUUCCAUGGACCGCCUGGCUCUGAGGAAAACCAGGGUCCUAUCAAGUUCACGCGGCCGUACUUCGACUGUGGGCGAUCCAACAAGUGGCUGGUGGCCGCCGUGGUGCCCAUUGCGGAUAUCUACCCCCGCCACACCCAGUUCCGGCACAUAGAGUACCCCAAAUACACUGCCGUUUCGGUGCUGGAGAUGGACUUUGAACGCAUAGACAUCAACCAGUGUCCCCUGGGCGAAGGCAAUAAGGGACCAAAUCACUUCGCGGACACUGCGCGCUGUAAAAAGGAAACAACGGAAUGUGAGCCGCUUCAGGGAUGGGGCUUCCGACGCGGCGGCUACCAAUGUCGCUGUAAGCCGGGCUUCAGGCUGCCGAACGUUGUGCGAAGGCCCUAUCUGGGCGAGAUCGUGGAGCGGGCCUCGGCGGAGCAGUACUACAACGAGUACGACUGUCUCAGUAUUGGCUGGAUCCAAAAGCUGCCCAUUCAGUGGGAGAAGGCGCCCUAUCACAUACGGCAGAAGUACAUGGACAGGCACCCGGAGUACCAGAACUACACCACCGGCUCGAGGGCUCUCCACGCGGAGCACCUGAACAUAGACCAGGCUCUAAAGUUCAUACAUGGCGUGAACUUCCGCACGUGCAAGAACUUCCAUCCGCAGGAUCUGAUUCUGCGCGGCGAUGUCAGCUUCGGCGCCCAGGAGCAGUUCGAGAACGAAGCCAAGAUGGCCGUGCGACUGGCCAACUUUAUCAGCGCCUUCCUGCAGGUAUCCGAUCCCAACGAGGUGUACUCCGGCAAGCGUGUGGCCGACAAGCCACUGACAGAGGACCAAAUGAUCGGCGAGACCCUGGCCAUUGUCCUGGGCGACAGCAAGGUGUGGUCCGCAUCGACGCUCUGGGAGCGAAACAAGUUCACCAAUCGCACCUACUUCGCACCCUAUGCCUACAAGACGGAGCUCAACACGCGCAAGUUCAAGGUGGAGGACCUGGCGCGCAUCAACAAAACGCACGAAAUCUACACCGAGAAGAAGUACUUCAAGUUCCUCAAGCAGCGUUGGAACACCAACUUUGACGACCUGGAGACCUUCUACAUGAAGAUCAAGAUCCGGCACAACGAGACAGGUGAAUACCAGCAGAAGUACGAGCACUACCCCAACUUCUACAGGGCGGCCAACAUCAAGCACGGCUACUGGACGCAGCCGCAGUUCGACUGCGACGGAUACGUGAAGAAGUGGCUGGUGACCUAUGCGGCGCCCUUCUUUGGCUGGGACAGCCUCAAAGUCAAGCUGGAAUUCAAGGGUGUGGUGGCCGUCUCCAUGGACAUGCUGCAGCUGGACAUUAACCAGUGCCCGGACAUGUACUAUACGCCGAAUGCCUUUAAGGAUACGCACAAGUGCGACGAACAGUCAUCCUACUGCGUUCCCAUCAUGGGUCGUGGCUAUGAAACCGGCGGCUACAAGUGCGAGUGCCUGCAGGGCUACGAGUAUCCCUUCGAGGAUCUCAUCACCUACUACGACGGCCAGCUCGUGGAGGCCGAGUACCAGAAUAUAGUGGCCGAUAAGGAGACCCGCUACGAUAUGUUCAAGUGUCGGCUGGCCGGCGCCUCGGGUCUGCAGUCCGCGCUGGGACUGGUGGUGGGCCUAAUCGGGCUUACCCUCACCCUGCUGUAUAGGUUUAGUUAAGCAGCCGCAUGCCAAAUAACUAAUUCCAACUUCCGUCCAAACGCAACUCACAUAAAAUCUCUUCACAAAAGAUAUAUACACAUAGACGACAACUACAAAGCAAGACAGACACAAAAUUGACACCCAAAAACAAAACGAGCUGCCACAGCCAGCCAGGCUCCCUUUGAGCAUUGUCAUCAUUUAUCUGCAAGGCGAUUAAGUUGUAGACAUAAUCUAUUACAAUGAAUCUGGUUAUUUGUCAUUUCUAUCAAAGGCGGCAGCAGCAGAAGCAACAGCAGAAGCAAAAGCAGAAGCAAGAGCAGCGGCAGAAAAGCGCAAACAGCCGCGCCUACUCCGCUCAGAUUACGGAAACGCUAUUGCCAUUCUUUUGCUCCUUCGGAGAUUCUCUCUAAUGUCCGUGAAGUCGCGCAGCUGUGUGUGUGCGUUGCGAUCGCAAACCUGUUAACAUCGGAACCCAGUUAGGCCCCGUACCUACACCCAUCGGGGAGGUCCAUCCAGGUCCAAGCUGAAGGUUGUUUGCGUCGCAUGUACACCUUUUUUACUGCCAGCCAACGGAUGGCACAAAAAAUUCAACGCCUGCCGUCGUGUUUUUCUUAUAUUAAAUCGCGUCGAUGGUCCGUUUUUUUCGCUUCGUUUUUUGCCUGAAUUAAAUGUAUAUGCCGAUGAUGCUGCCGUUUUUUCCGCUCUUUGUUUUUUGCGCCUUGAUUAUCAUAUGCGCUUGAAUUUUUAUUAUCUGUACCCUGAGAACUUUUUGUAUGCGCCGCAGGAACCAGUUUGUCAGCCACUUGGUCUCCUCGGCCAGGGCAAAAAAGAAAUCUCCAGCUUUUUUCAUUAAAAACCAACCAUGGCCAUAGGUAGAGAGCUGGACAGGGGCACAAAAAAUAUUUUUCACACAUUUUUCAUAGUCAUUUCAGGGCAGUAGCGGUGGGCAGUAACUGUCUCAGCACUCGGGCAACUCCUCCAUUUCCAUUUCUAUGUCCAUUCCGAAGGAUGUCUCCGUCUGCCGGAACACGUUCGAGAGCCUGGCUGUGUCCGCUUUUGGUUUUGUUUUUGGGUGUGAUGGCAAUGUCCCCUUGACAUUCCACAAUCGAUUUGUAGUUGAGUACAAAGCAAGAAGCCAUUGUGCCUUAUGAAAUCGAAUUAACUUAGUAAUUGCUCGAAUAAUUGUAAAACCACAGACUUUGACUGUAUCGUAUCGUCCGUCCAAAAAGUAGUCCCUCUGUAUUAUGAAUCUACCCUAGUGUUAAGCGCCGAAAGAGAGCAAUCACAUGACUUUACAGAAAUAAUUCAUUCUUUUCUAGCCUAAUGAAUAGAACCCUAAGUGCCUUGAUAAUGUAAACGAUUCUUUUAUAUUCUAUACACCCAACAAAUGACGUUCAAAUAUAUGAUUUUGUAGUAAAACAA